AUUUCAUAGAGUGUAUAACAAUUUGUGUGUGUGUCGUUUUGUCGUUCGUUGUUGAUGUCGUCGUCGUCGUCGUCGUUGUUGUUGGUGGUCAGCGGCAGUUCGGGGGCAGACAAAUGCUUUUCGAUUUGGUGGUGACGACCAUUAAACCAAGUGCGGCACUAAUGAAAUGGUAUUCGGUGCUAUGUUGCUGACGGGUAACCUCAACGGACCCAAGCAGAAGCAGCAGCAGCAGUCACAACAACAACAGCAGCAGCAGCAGCAGGAGGAAUCAACCCAAUCUGUUUCUGCUUCCACCUCCAGCAAAGAGCAACAGCAACAGCAGCAGCAGCAGCACACACAGCCUCUGCAGAAGCAACAGGAUCAGCCACCAGCCGCUGGAUAUUAUGCCUUGGGCAUACGCAUACCCAAAUCGCCAUCGUUCCACAGCGGUCUAGACCAGCUGGCCGACGACGAGGAGGAGGACCAGCAGCAAUCGCAGGAAUCGUCUGCGCAGGGCGCCAGCAAAUUCAAGUUCAGCAGCGUGGAGGAGCUGAAGGCCAAGUUUGAGGGUCGAAAGAUGCCACUGUCCCCGCCGGAGGCAGCAGUAGUAACCACCACAACAUCGUCGUCACCAUCGUCGUCGUCGACCAGCUCCAAUUCGUCGGCAUCGGCACUGUCCUCGUUGUCGCAGGCGGCCUCUUCCUCACUGGCCUCGGCCGCCGCCAACUCCUCGGCCUCGUGCUCGUCCUCAGCCGCCACCUAUGGUGGUGGGGCGAAUUCAGCUGCCGCCGCUUUGAUAGCCUCGUCGCCGUUUGGCUCACAAUCCUCCACAUCAUCGUUGUCGCUGUCCUCAAAUGCAGGAAUGUCGAAGAACACGGCACCAGCAACAGCAACAACAGCAGCAGCAGCAGGAAGCACAGCUAGUGGUGGAAAUUCGCUGGUAUCGACAUUGGCGCAACACUUCUCGGCGGCCACAUCGGCUGCAGCAGCAGCUGCGGCCACAGCAGCCGCCUCAGCAACAUCGUCCUCGUCCUCCUCAUCAUCUGCUUCAUCAUCCUCUACCAAUAAUGCAGGCGGUUCGAUAGCGGCCAGCAAGUCACCCGUGAGCGCGGCCGCAGCCAUUAAGAACAUAUUGAAUGCCACCAAGAGUGUGGGCAAUAGUGCUGCAGCAGCAGCAGCAGCAUCCUCAACCCUGCCAUCGACUGCCGCUGAAGUGAUCGUGCCCGUGUCCGUGCCAUUGCCACCAGAGGAGCUGCGUCCAACGGUGGCUCAGAAUCUAGUGGGUGGCAUAAGCAUCUCCCUGGGCAUUGGUCAGCGCAAUGGCAGUGGAACAACAGCAGCAGCAGCCACGACAUCAGCAUCAUCUACAGUUGUUGUUCUGCCAACGACCACGCUGGGCAUACAUCAGAAUGGUGAUGUUACAGGUGGUGUUGGAAUUGGUGGCCAACCGCCGCCGCCGCCGCAUCAUCAUCAUCAGGGCCUCACAUCCCCGCAAACGUUGCAACAGUUGACGGGCAGUCCAGGACGCGCACGCGAUCGGAAUCUGUUUCAUUCGCCACCCACUGCUUCGGUUGCCUUGGCACUGCCUGCACUUCGAGAGACGGCCGCCAGUGAAAGGGAAGAGCUUUUCAUCCAAAAGAUACGACAAUGUUGCACGCUUUUCGAUUUCUCCGAGCCGCUCAGCGACCUCAAAUUCAAGGAGGUGAAGCGUGCGGCUCUGCACGAGAUGGUCGAUUUUCUCACAAACCAAAAUGGCAUCAUCACCGAAAUUAUCUAUCCGGAGGCAAUCAAUAUGUUCUCUGUGAAUCUAUUCCGAACGCUGCCGCCAUCAUCAAAUCCGAAUGGGGCCGAAUUUGAUCCCGAAGAGGAUGAGCCAACGCUCGAGUCAUCUUGGCCGCACCUUCAAUUGGUAUAUGAGCUGUUUUUGCGUUUCUUGGAGUCACCGGAUUUCCAACCAAAUAUUGCUAAACGUUUUAUUGAUCAUCAAUUUGUAUUACAAUUAUUGGAUUUAUUCGAUUCGGAGGAUCCACGUGAACGUGAUUUCCUAAAGACUGUUUUACAUCGCAUCUAUGGAAAAUUUUUGGGCUUGAGAGCAUUUAUUAGAAAGCAGAUCAACAAUGUGUUUUACAGAUUUAUUUAUGAGACGGAACAUCAUAAUGGCAUAGCCGAAUUAUUGGAAAUAUUGGGCAGCAUUAUCAAUGGUUUUGCUCUACCGCUCAAAGAGGAGCAUAAACAAUUUUUACUUAAGGUAUUGCUGCCAUUGCACAAAGCCAAGAGCCUCUCGGUCUAUCAUCCACAGUUGACCUACUGUGUGGUGCAGUUCCUCGAGAAGGAUCCCAGUUUGUCCGAGGCGGUCAUCAAAAGUUUGCUUAAAUUCUGGCCGAAGACGCACAGUCCCAAGGAGGUGAUGUUCUUGAAUGAGGUGGAAGAGCUGCUGGAUGUGAUCGAGCCGGCCGAAUUCCAGAAGGUGAUGGUGCCGCUGUUCCGUCAGAUAGCCAAGUGUGUCUCCUCGCCACACUUUCAGGUGGCCGAACGGGCGUUGUAUUAUUGGAACAACGAGUACAUAAUGUCCCUAAUAGCGGAUAAUUCGGCGGUCAUAUUGCCCAUUAUGUUCCCCGCGUUGAAUCGCAACUCCAAGACGCACUGGAACAAGACCAUACACGGUCUCAUUUACAAUGCGCUCAAGCUGUUCAUGGAGAUGGAUCAGCGGUUGUUUGAUGAGUGCAGCAAGAACUACAAACAGGAGAAGCAAAUGGAACGGGAGAAGCUGUCGCAGCGGGAGGAGCUAUGGCAGCAGGUGGAGAGCCUGGCCAAGACCAAUCCAGAAUGGUCCAAGUCGAGCCGCUUUAACGACUGCCGCCUGCUAGAGCAGCAGCAGCUAACCGAUAGUCAAAAUUUGUACGAUCAAUACGAUGAGAAUGAUCUGGCCUAUGAUCAGCUACCGCAGCAAUCGCGCCAGCCACCGCCGCCGCUACCACCACAGAAACAGUCGUCGCUGCAGGAGCCCCGAGAGAUACGCGGCGAACGGAACAAGGAGAAGCCAUUGCUGAGGCGAAAAUCCGAUCUGCCCUCGGACAGCGGCACUGUGCGAGCCCUAUUCGAGCACAAGCGACAAGAUGAGUUUUUAACAACGCCGCCGCCAGACGGAAGCACUUACUGAGAAAACAAAACCAACAAUUUCCUGGUCAACAAUCCAAUCCAACAACACACGAACAACAAAUCUCAAAAAACGCUGGCGUUGCACAAAGUUAAAGCAAAGCUUGAGGCUUUCGAGAUGAUCCCACACAAGGUCCACGAUCCACAAACACAAUACACAAACCCACUACACACACACAUACACGUACAAAA